AUGAUGCAACCUCAUAGGCAUACUUUAGAAGCAGGAGCUGUUUUGAUUUUCAAUCGGGAUAAAACAUUUGGCAGAUCAUUUGUGGACAAGGUGGCCACUGUAAAUGAAGGAAAUUAUCAUACAACAGAUGGUGCACUGAAGGCUCAAGCUGUUAAUGUCCAACCUAUUGCAGUUCCGUCAAUUCCUGGUGGUGAAUUGAAAGAAAUUACAAAUAACUUUAGCUUUGAUUCUUUAAUUGGGGAAGGCUCAUAUGGACGACGCGUUCUUGCCUACGAAUUUGCAUCUAAUGGUUCUCUUCACAAUAUUCUUCAUGGAAGGAAAGGUGUUAAAGGAGCACAACCUGGUCCUGUUCUUUCAUGGGCACAGCGUGUAAAGAUUGCAGUAGGUGCCGCUAAGGGACUUGAAUAUUUGCAUGAAAAAGCAGAUCCUCACAUCAUCCACCGUGAUGUUAAGUCCAGCAAUGUCUUAAUCUUUGAUGAUGAUGCUGCUAAAAUUGCUGACUUUGAUUUGUCAAAUCAAGCUACUGAUAAGGUUGCACGUCUUCACUCAACUCGUGUUCUUGGAACAUUUGGUUAUCAUGCUCCUGAUGAAGGAAAUUAUCAUACAACAGAUGGUGCACUGAAAGCUCAAGCUGUUAAUGUCCAACCUAUUGCAGUUCCGUCAAUUCCUGGUGAUGAAUUGAAAGAAAUUACAAAUAACUUUAGCUCUGAUUCUUUAAUUGGGGAAGGCUCAUAUGGACGAGUUUCUAUGAUGUCGAGGAUAAAGCAUGAAAAUUUUGUUGAAUUACUUGGUUAUUGUGUUGAUGGAAAUCAGUGCGUUCUUGCCUACGAAUAUGCAUCUAAUGGUUCUCUUCACAAUAUUCUUCAUGUAGGUGCCGUUAAGGGACUUGAAUAUUUGCAUGAAAAAGUAGAUCCUCACAUCAUCCACCGUGAUGUUAAGUCCAGCAAUGUCUUAAUCUUUGAUGAUGAUGCUGCUAAAAUUGCUAACUUUGAUUUGUCAAAUCAAGCUACUGAUAAGGCUGCACGUCUUCACUCAACUCGUGUUCUUGGAACAUUUGGUUAUCAUGCUCCUGAGUAA